GAUCGAGUCUAGGUUGGGUCGGAUCUAAAGGACCUAAACCAUACGGCCGGGUACCUGUGUGGUUACCAUGUGGUACAUGUUGCCUGGUUAGCUUACAAUUCCUUAUUACGCAAACGUAGGUUCAGGAGGCAGAGGCUCUCAACCAGCAAAUGACGGAGUUAUGCUUAUAUAGCGCUUCAUGCACGCUAAUUCCCAAAUCUCCAGCCGUUAGGACAAUGAAUCUGUGAACGGACGAGAUUUCAGUUAUUUUCCUCGAUCAGUGAUAUUAUUAUGCGAGUAAUUUUUAUGAUCUUGUUUUUUUAUCUUCAUCGCCGAGAAGAAAAUGUCCGCAUCGCAAUCUCUUGGAGGUCCUUCCCGCUGCGGCAGAGUUGUCGGUCCAUCACUGGAUAAAAUAAUCAAGAACGCCGCCUGGCGUAAGCACUCUCACCUUGUCUCCGCCUGCAAAUCCACCCUUGACAAGCUUGAAUCCCUCUCUGAGUCCUCCGGAACGUCUCCAGGCGACACCCAAUCCCCUAUUCCAGGUCUUUCCUCCUCAGAUGCCGACUGUGUCCUUCAACCUCUCUUUCUUGCGCUUGACUCUGCCUACCCCAAGGUUGUUGAGCCUGCUCUUGAAUGUACCUUUAAAUUAUUCUCUCUCGGCCUUGUCUGCGGGGAGAUCAAUCGGUCCGGCAUUGUCUUCAAUAUGAUUGAUGCUAUCUGUAAGUCGGGUGGCCUUGGGGAGGAGGCAAUUGAGCUGGGCGUGCUCAGAGUCUUGCUCUCAGCUGUAAGAUCCCCCUGCAUUUUGAUCCGGGCAGAUUGUCUCAUUCAAAUUGUGAGAACUUGUUAUAAUGUGUACCUCGGGGGGGUCAAUGGCACUAAUCAGAUCUGUGCUAAAUCGGUUCUUGCUCAGAUCAUGACCAUUGUCUUCACCAGAGUCGAGGAAGACUCCAUGGAUGUCUGUGUUAAACGGGUUUCUGUCAGUGAACUUUUGGAAUUCACGGAUAAGAAUUUGAACGAGGGCAAUUCCAUACACUUUUGCCAAAAUUUUAUCAACGAGAUAAUGGAGGCCAGUGAGGGUCUUCCUCUCAAACCAUCGUCUAUAUCACCUCCUCUGGAAGUGCAGAAUGUCCACACACCUUCGCCCAAAACAGCGGAUGAAACAGGUACCGACAAGUUCGAUAGUGAAGCUGGAGCUGAAGGAAGUAAAAUAAGGGAGGAUGGGUUUCUACUUUUUAAGAAUUUGUGCAAAUUGUCCAUGAAAUUCUCAUCUCAACAGCACCCUGACGAUCGUAUCCUCUUGAGAGGGAAAAUUUUGUCCUUGGAGCUCCUUAAGGUAGUCAUGGAUACUGGUGGUUCAAUAUGGCGCGUGAAUGAGAGGUUUCUCAAUGCCAUCAAGCAAUAUCUUUGCUUGUCAUUAUUGAAGAACAGUGCCCUGUCCGCGAUGGCCAUUUUUCAACUUCAGUGUUCCAUUUUCAUGAACCUGUUAUCAAAAUUUAGAUCAGGCUUGAAAAAAGAAAUUGGCAUGUUCUUUCCGAUGCUUAUCCUUCGAGUUCUCGAGAAUGUUCUUCAGCCUAGUUUUCUGCAAAAAAUGACCGUCCUUAAUUUAUUGGACAAAAUAUCUCAAGAUCCUCAGAUUAUUAUUGACAUUUUUGUCAACUAUGAUUGUGAUGUGGAUGCUUCAAACAUAUUUGAAAGGAUUGUCAAUGGUCUUCUGAAAACCGCUUUGGGACCACCUACAGGGUCAACCACUGCUUUGUCUCCAGCACAGGAUAUUACUUUCCGACAUGAAUCUGUGAAAUGCUUGGUCAGCAUUAUUAAGUCUAUGGGAGCAUGGAUGGACCAGCAGAUAAGGAUAGGAGAUUUAGAUCUAGCAAAGAGCCCUGAAAGCAGUAGUGCAGCAGAGAAUCAUCUAAUACUAAAUGUAGAAGAAGGAAAUGCUUCUGAUCAUGAGCUACAUUCUGAUGUAAAUUCUGAAUUUUCAGAUGCUGCCACGUUAGAGCAACGUCGGGCAUAUAAAAUCGAACUUCAGAAAGGCAUAUCACUUUUUAAUCGAAAACCUCCAAAAGGUAUUGAAUUUUUGAUAAGCAACAAAAAAAUUGGUUGUUCUCCAGAACAAGUGGCACUGUUCCUGAAGAACACUGCUGGCCUUGAUGAAACCAAGAUUGGUGACUAUUUGGGAGAAAGGGAGGAGUUUUCUCUAAAAGUUAUGCAUGCUUAUGUAGAUUCCUUUAACUUCAAAGGGAUGGAUUUUGGUGAAGCUAUUCGAUUUUUUCUUCAGGGCUUCAGGUUGCCUGGUGAGGCACAAAAAAUUGAUCGUAUCAUGGAGAAGUUUGCUGAGCGCUAUUGUAAAUGCAACCCUAGUUCUUUUAGCAGUGCAGAUACUGCCUACGUUCUUGCUUACUCUGUGAUAAUGCUUAAUACAGAUGCUCAUAAUAAUAUGGUGAAAGAUAAGAUGACAAAGGCUGAUUUUGUUCGAAACAACCGAGGAAUAGAUGAUGGAAAGGAUUUACCAGAGGAAUAUCUUGGGGCACUUUAUGACCAAAUUGUUAAAAAUGAAAUUAAAAUGAAUGCUGAUUCUUCUGCACCUCAGAAUAAACAAGCAAAUAGCUUCAAUAGAUUGCUGGGAUUAGAAGGUAUACUCAAUCUUGUGAACUGGAAGCAGAGUGAGGAAAAAGCAGUGGGUGCAAAUGGGCUUCUCAUUCGGCACAUUCAGGAGCAAUUUAAAACUAAUUCACGAAAAUCAGAAUCUGUGUAUCAUGUUGUCACUGAUGUGGCUAUACUGAGGUUUAUGGUGGAAGUUUGUUGGGGGCCUAUGCUGGCUGCUUUCAGUGUAACACUUGAUCAGAGUGAUGACAGGGUAGCAACUUCUCAAUGCUUACAAGGAUUUCGACAUGCUGUGCAUGUUACUGCAGUGAUGGGUAUGCAGACUCAAAGGGAUGCUUUUGUUACAUCUGUUGCCAAAUUUACUUAUCUGCACUGUGCUGGAGAUAUGAAACAGAAAAAUGUUGAUGCUGUCAAGGCAAUAAUAUCAAUUGCGAUUGAAGAUGGAGAUCAUCUGUAUGAAGCAUGGGAACACAUAUUAACUUGCCUCUCCCGAAUUGAGCAUUUGCAACUGUUAGGUGAGGGUGCCCCAAGUGAUGCAACCUUCUUCACUUCAACUAAUCUUGAAAUGGAGGAGAAAGCACUGAAAACAUUAGGUUUCUCUUCUUUUAAGAAAGGAACACUCCAGAAUCCAGCCAUGGUGGCUGUUGUUCGUGGUAGUUCAUAUGACAGUACAAGUAUUGGGGUCAAUGCUUCUGCAAUAUUAACAACAGAACAGAUAAAUAAUUUCAUUUCAAACUUGAAUCUACUGGACCAGAUUGGGAACUUUGAACUGAACCAUGUGUUUGCUCAUAGUCAACGGUUGAAUGGAGAAGCAAUAGUAGCAUUUGUUAAAGCACUUUGUAAAGUUUCCAUUUCAGAGUUACAGUCUCCAACAGACCCCCGUGUAUUUGGCCUCACUAAAAUAGUAGAAAUUGCGCAUUAUAAUAUGAACCGCAUCAGAUUAGUAUGGUCUCGCAUAUGGAAUGUUCUCUCAGAUUUCUUUGUGUCGGUUGGAUUGUCAGAAAACUUGUCAGUUGCAAUCUUUGCAAUGGACUCACUGCGACAACUUGCAAUGAAAUUUUUGGAGCGUGAGGAGCUUGCUAAUUAUAACUUCCAGAGUGAAUUUCUGAGACCAUUUGUGAUUGUUAUGCAGAAAAGCAACACCACAGAAAUUAGAGAAUUAAUAGUUCGUUGUAUUUCACAGAUGGUCCUUAGCCGUGUCAGUAAUGUGAAAUCUGGCUGGAAAAGUGUUUUUAUGGUUUUUACAGCUGCUGCAGCUGAUGAGCGGAAGAAUAUUGUAUUAUUAGCAUUUGAGACCAUGGAGAAAAUAGUGCGUCAAUUUUUUCCUUAUAUUACUGAGACAGAGACAAUGACCUUCACUGAUUGUGUCCGAUGCCUUUUGACAUUUACAAAUAGCCGAUUCAACAGUGACGUUAGUCUCAAUGCAAUUGCGUUUCUUCGUUUCUGUGCAGUCAGACUUGCUGAUGGAGGACUUGUUUGCAAUAAGAGCAGUGUUGAUGGCCCAUCACUUGUUGUAGCAAAUGGUAUUUCAGAUUUACAAGCUCAUACUGAUAACGGUGAUCAUGUCUCCUUUUGGAAUCCUUUGCUAUCAGGGUUAUCAAAACUAACUUCUGAUCCAAGAUCAGCUAUCAGAAAGAGUUCUUUGGAGAUGCUUUUUAACAUUUUGAAGGAUCAUGGUCAUCUAUUCUCCCACACAUUUUGGAAUAGCAUUUUCUGUUCUGUUAUUUUCCCUGUAUAUAACUCAGUAUCUGGAAAGAGAGAGAUGAAUCUACAAGAGGUCCAUUGUCCACCUUCUUCAGUAUCUGUGCAUACUGAAGGAAGCACAUGGGAUUCUGAGACUUAUUCAGUAGCAGCAGAAUGUUUAAUAGAUUUAUUUGUCACCUUCUUUGAUGUGGUGAGGUCUCAGCUACCUGGCGUGGUGUCAGUACUGACAGGGUUCAUUAGAAGUCCUGUUCAGGGUCCAGCUAGUACUGGAGUUGCUGGAUUAGUGCGUCUCACAGGUGACCUUGGUAACAGGCUUUCAGCAGAAGAAUGGAAAGAGAUUUUUCUAUGCUUGAAAGAUGCAGCUAUGUCAACAGUGCCAGGAUUCAUGAAGGUCUUGAGAACCAUGAAUAAUAUUGAGGUGCCUCACAUUUCACAGUCUUCUGCUGACUUAGAAAGUUCUUCUGAUCAUGACUUGAACAAUGAUGAAUUUGAUGAUGACAAUCUGCAAACGGCCACAUAUGUUGUGUCAAGAAUGAAGAACCAUAUUGCUAUGCAACUACUUAUUGUACAGGUUGCAACUGAUCUGUACAAAAAGCACCAGCAAUCCUUAUGUGCAGCCAGCAUCAAAGUCCUUAUUGAAUUAUAUUCAUCUAUUGCUUUACAUGCUCGUGCGAUGAACAGAGAGUCAAUCCUACUGAGGAAGUUGCAGAAAACUUGCUCCAUCCUGGAAAUAUCUGGCCCUCCCAUGGUUCAUUUUGAAAAUGAGUCCUUCCAGAAUCACCUCAACUUUCUACAAAAUAUACGUCUCCAUGAUAAUUUUAUGCAUGAUGAGAUAGAGCUAGAUCAAGAGUUAGUUGCUGUGUGUGAAACCGUAUUGGACAUAUACCUAAAUUGUGCUGGUUCCAUUUCCACUUUUCACAAGUCUGAUACCAUGCCAGCGCCUCAUCGAAAACUCCCUCUGAGCUCAGCAAAGAAGGAAGAGAUAGCUGCUAGGACAUCUUUAGUCAUCUCAGCAUUGCAAGGAUUGGCUGGUCUGAAAAAGGAUUCAUUCAGGAGGUAUAUUCCACGGUUCUUUCACUUACUGGUAGAUCUCGUGAGGAGUGAACACACCUCUGGAGAAGUUCAACAUGCCCUGAGUAAUAUGUUCCGUUCAUCUGUUGGCCAAAUUAUAAUGGAUUGAGUUUUAGUUUUGGCAUACUUUGGUUUUGGACGUUGCUGAAUAUCAAUCAGCAUUUUCCUUAUAAGCUAAAGAACGAGCCAUUACAUGGUCAUAUCUUGAUUUACUCACCAUUGUUGUGUAGUGUUACUCUUGGUUUUUUGUGAUUGUAUGUGCUAUUAAUGUAAAUGAUAAAUUUAUUUCAAGCAGAAUACUAAAGUACCACAGAUAGAUAGCGAAGAAACUAAGUUAGGCAGCCGCUGGCAGUCUACGACUUGGCCUAACUUGUCCCUUUUCACCAAUGGAGACUGAGUCCUAGUGGAAGGAGAUACUCUCUCCUAAGGAACCGAAACAAUAGUCUUGUUCCUUUUCAGAUGUUGUUUAAGGUUGUGACAUAGGAAUUAAGAUAUAUAAUUAAUAUUCUUUUUUUAGAUUGUUA